GGGAGAGAAGAAAGGAGGAAGCAAGCAAGGACACGACGGAGUGAGGGAGAAGCCGCAGGUGGGCCCACAAUGAAAACUCUUGUUCUUUUGCUGCUGGUGCUCCUGGAUCUGGGACAGGCCCAAGGAUCACUUCAUAGGGUGCCCCUCAGGCGACACAAGUCCCUCAGGAAGAAGCUAAGGGAACGAGGCCAACUCUCUGAGUUCUGGAAAUCCCAGAAUUUGGACAUGAUCCAGUUCACUGAGACCUGCACAAGGGACCAGAGUGCCAACGAGCCCCUCAUCAACUACUUUGACACGGAAUACUUUGGCGCUAUCUCCAUCGGCUCCCCAUCACAGAACUUCACCGUCAUCUUCGACACAGGCUCCUCCAAUCUCUGGGUUCCCUCUGUAUACUGCACCAGCCAGGCCUGCCAAACCCACCCCAGGUUCUACCCUUCCCAGUCCAGCACAUACAGCAGCCUUGGGAGUCCUUUCUCCAUUUCUUAUGGGACUGGGAGCUUGUCUGGAAUCAUCGGAACCGACCAAGUCUCUGUAGAAGGACUGACGGUGAUCGACCAGCAGUUUGGAGAGAGUGUCAAGGAGCCAGGCCAGACCUUCGUGGACUCAGCAUUUGAUGGAAUUCUUGGCCUGGGAUAUCCCUCCUUGGCUGUUGGAGGAGUGACCCCAGUGUUUGACAACAUGAUGGCCCAGAACUUGGUGGAUCUACCGAUGUUUUCUGUCUACAUGAGCAGUGACCCAGCAGGUGGCAUGGGAAGUGAGCUCAUUUUUGGAGGCUAUGACCAUUCCCAUUUCUCUGGGAGCCUGAAUUGGGUUCCAGUCACCAAGCAAGGCUACUGGCAGAUUGCGCUGGACAACAUCCAGGUAGGAGGCACCGUGAUGUUCUGCUCUGAGGGCUGCCAGGCCAUUGUGGACACAGGGACCUCCCUCAUCACAGGCCCCUCGAACAACAUCAAGCAGCUGCAAAGGGCCAUCGGGGCCGAGCCUGAGAAUGGAGAAUAUGCUGUGGAGUGUGUCAACCUCAAUGUCAUGCCGGAUGUCACCUUCACCAUCAAUGGAGUCUCCUACACCCUCAGUCCAACAGCCUACACUCUGCUGGACUCCGCGGAUGGAAUGAACUUCUGCAGCAGUGGCUUUCAGGGCCUUGACAUCCAGCCUCCAGCUGGGCCCCUCUGGAUCCUGGGUGACGUCUUCAUUAGACAAUUUUACUCAGUCUUCGACCGUGGGAAUAACCAAGUGGGGCUGGCCCCAGCAGUCCCCUAAGGAGGGGCCUGUGUCUGCUUGCCUGCCUGACACUCGUUGGCGAUCCAGCCAGGCCUGUUAGGUUGGAAACCCUUCACGUCUGUCAAAAAGUCAUUGUGCACAGAGUAUAGUUGCUCCUGAGCCACAACUUGAACUUGGAUCAAACAAAACAUGAGAACACACACACACACACAAUACACAUACCCACACGCAUUCACACAUACACACCACAUCCAUCAUCAUCAUGAGAGAAUAAUUAAAUCGUGCACCCCUAUUUUGCAUUGCUUUUUGUUACCUUUGUAUUACAGACAUCCCCAACAUACACACAAGCAGGAAUUGUUAGCUGCCUUCAAGUCGGUCCCUGACUCAUGGCGACCCCACGAACAAUGGAACAAAAUGCUGACCGGUUCUGCACGAUCCCCAUGAUUGCUUGUGGAUCAGACAACGUUCCUUUGUGAGCCACAGUGGUUUUUGCCUGAUGUUUGGAAAUAGAUGGCCAGGUUUUCUUCCUAGUUCGUCUUUGUCUGGAAGCUCCACUGUAACCUGUUCAGCAUCCUCGCAACACUUAAGCCCCAACUGAUAGAAG